UUCAGUUCAUUGCAAUUGCAUCCCGUUUUAUCAUUGAUUUAUUUACAUUCUGUUUAUUGAAGCAUGAUUUUGUUUGUUUUGUAAGUGUGAGUCAAGAACAAUAAUAAGUUUUCAGCUUUACCAUCAUUCAUGUAUGGUUCAGUUUCUAUUCAGCAUAGUAUACAGAAUUAAACUAAUAAAUAGUUGGUGCGUACGUGCAUUCAGAGACCGUUUGUUAUACAUUUUAAAUUAAUGUUUUCAUCAGUGAAAUAUAAAAACAUAUGUGCGCGGUCAGAAUGAUCUCAUCUGACUAGUAAAAUAACGCAGUCAGUCAUGAUCGAACAACGGGAGGAAACGGUCGCUGUUAUCUUUUAGUUCCCAACGUCAUGUACUGAAAUCUUAUCGCUUCCGAAGCGGGAGCACAUAAUAAUAUCUGGACCAACACGAUCAUAAAAGAGUGUUUCUUUAGCCGGCCGCUAUUUUACGAGCCGCAGUGUAACCAGUGCGCGGAAGUCCAUUGAACUCGGUCAUGGAGGAAUCUGGAAAGUUAAUAUUUCAUAAACAAAUUAUUGCACUUAUAAUUUUGUUAUUUAGUCACAUAAUAAAUGCAGAUGAUAUCACUGUAUUAACUGUAGCAACUGAAGACAACCAUGGCUUGGAAAGGUUUCUCAGAUCUGCAAAAGUAUAUGGUAUUGAAGUGGAGGUUCUAGGCAGAGGGGAACAAUGGAAUGGUGGUGACAUGAACUAUGCUGGUGGUGGGCAAAAAGUCAAUCUGCUAAAAGAUAAAGUGAAUGAAAUGAUGAAAUCUGAAAAUAAGGAUCAAUUAGUAUUAUUUACUGACAGUUAUGAUGUCAUGUUCCUUGGAAACUUAGAGGAAAUCAUUAAUAAAUUUAAGUCAUUCCCGGACACUAGAGUGUUAUUCUCUGCAGAGCAAUUUUGUUGGCCAGAUAGCAAGUUAGCCUCACAAUACCCCAAAACUGAAGUUGCCAACCCUUAUUUGAAUUCUGGUGGAUUUAUUGGAUAUCUACCAGAGCUUUCAGAGAUAGUAAAUUACAAGACAAUUAAUGAUAAAGAUGAUGAUCAGCUGUAUUAUACAAAAGUUUAUUUGGACAAAAUUAUGAGAAAUUCAUUGAAAAUAUCUCUAGAUCAUAAUGCUGUUAUAUUCCAAAAUUUAAAUGGAGCUUUAUCUGACGUUCAACUGAAAAUAAACACAACAGAGGAAUGGCCGUACAUAGAGAAUGUAGCAACGAAAGAGCGGCCUCUUAUUGUACAUGGUAAUGGUCCAUCUAAACUCACACUAAACCAUCUGGGCAAUUAUUUAGCACGGUCCUGGUCAUUUGCAACAGGAUGCGCACUGUGUUCUGAGAAAAAGAUAAAACUGAAUGAGGAUGAUUUGCCUAAUGUAAUGAUGGCAGUAUUUAUAGAACAGGCCACACCGUUCUUAGAGGAAUUCCUGCAACAGCUACUUGAUACCGAUUAUCCAAAGUCGAAGAUACAUCUCUUGCUGCGGAAUAAUGUGGAAUAUCAUGAAACGGAAGUUGAUGAAUUCUACCAAGCGUACUCAAAAAAAUUUGCUUCAGCUAAGCGCAUUAAACCGAAUGAUUUCAUUUCCGAAGCAGAAGCCAGGAAUAUUGCAAAAGAACGCUGCAUCAACAGUGUAUGCGACUACCUAUUCUCCAUUGACAGUCUAUCUCGAGUGGAACCAAAUACUCUGCGCUAUCUAUUAUCUUCUGGAUAUGAUGUAGUUGCCCCUAUGUUGGUACGCCCUGGCCAGGCUUGGUCUAACUUCUGGGGCGCGAUCAAUUCUGCUGGAUUUUAUGCCAGAUCCUCUGAUUACAUGGACAUAGUACAUAAAGUUAUCAGGGGUAUAUGGAAUGUACCAUUUAUCACUAAUUGUUACCUGGCCAAAGUGUCUACAUUGAGAAAACCUGCACAAGUGCUGACAUACUCGAAAGAGGAACUAGACCCGGAUAUGGCAUUCUGUCUCAGUCUUAGGAAUCUUGGCAUUCAUAUGCAUGUCAGCAACGAGUUGGACUUCGGCCAUCUAGUGAACCCUGAAACAUAUGACAUCAGCCGCACUCACCCUGACGUGUACCAAGUGCUCGAUAAUAAGAUUGAAUGGGAGAACCGUUACCUCAACGAAAACUACUCCCUCAAUUUCGCUCCAGACAGAAAACACUUGAUGCCUUGUCCAGAUGUCUACUGGUUCCCUAUGAUGUCAAAGCGUUUUUGCGUAGAGUGGAUCGAAGUUAUGGAAGCUUAUGGCCAAUGGAGCGAUGGUUCCAAUCGUGAUAAUCGUCUUGAGGGUGGUUACGAGGCAGUCCCCACUCGAGACAUCCAUAUGAAGCAAGUAGGUCUCGACAAGCAAUGGCUGUACAUCUUAAAGGAGUAUGUGAGACCACUCCAGGAGAUGGUGUUUACAGGAUAUUAUCACAAUCCUCCAGUUUCACUCAUGAACUUCGUGGUGCGUUAUCGUCCCGACGAGCAGCCGUCACUGCGGCCUCACCAUGACUCUUCUACUUACACAAUUAAUCUGGCACUGAAUACACCACAUGUAGACUAUGAAGGUGGGGGCUGCCGGUUCAUCCGCUACAACUGUUCUGUACGCGAUACCAAGCAAGGCUGGCUCCUUAUGCACCCUGGACGGCUCACGCACUAUCACGAGGGCCUGCUCGUCACCGAAGGCACAAGAUACAUUAUGAUCUCUUUUGUUGAUCCGUAAAUAAGUUCUUAUUACAAUAAACGUGAAAAGCUCACUUUUUCACGCAUUAAUAUAUUUUAAUUAAAUUAAAAUGUUUAAUUCAAAAGAUAAUUGUUUUUUUUUGUGCAAUUUGUAAAUCGGCAUUGAGGUAAACUACAAGUAUGAAAGUAUGUAUGCGUGUAUGUCACCAAUCUUGCCUCUAUAUAUAUAAGUAUUCCAGUAAUACGUAACAAAAUAUUUUUAUUUUAUUAUUAUUAUUAUAAAAUACAGACCAUGUUUCUAAACUUCUUUUAAUUUAAAUGUUUAUUUUACUGAUUAGUUUAUAUUUUAAUUAUCAUGACAUCGGAAUACAUUGGGGUCGAUUCUGAAGUGCUAUUCGCUUUAUAAAAUUAAAUUUCAAUUUGUUAAAAUUUUUCUUUUUGUUGGUCAAGUUUCUUUUUUACUUACUUUAUUUAAUUUAAAAUAUUAAUUUUAUGGCUUCAUUGUCUACUUUAUUUAUAGUUUUAGUAAUACAAUUUUAUUGUCUUCAAAUAUCAUAAGGAACAAGAAACGUAGGUUACACAAUAUCAAGUCUUCUAAGACUCACUAUCACAUAUAAAGCUAUAUUUGUUAUGUACUCGAAUAGCCAAAGAUACUUGUAUUUUUAAAACCUGUCAACGUAUUAUGGUAUGAUGAAUUGUGGUAUGUCAGGUAAAUAUAAUUUUAAGAUUA